AUGGAAAAAAUUAUCGUACUUGGAAAUCCAUUGUUAUGGAGUAAGUAUAUUUUAGCAAAGUCAGAAAAUGGAAUUAUUAAUAGUUUAACAUUAAUGGAUGCUGAUCCGCAAAGACUUCGCUUGAUCAUGAAUUGGUCGAAUAUUGGAGCAUGUGUUAAUUUCUCGGGUGUCGAGAAGCGCACAAUCAAAAGUUGA